AUGGAAGAAGAAAAAGAAGAAGAAGACGCAUACACCGUCCUCAACGCGCCCGGCAGCGGGCUCCGCGAUAUCCGCCCCUCCAUCCCACCGGAACGCAGGUACGGCCAUGAAAUGACAUUCACCGGUUUCGAUGGACGCGGAGAUGGGGACGGGAGGUGUAGGAGGAUCGACUUCAUCCAUGUCGAUGUCGGCUCUGGUACUAGUGUCAAUUCGAGUGACGGAGACGGAGACACAGACGGAGAUGAGGAUCCUACACGCCAAUAUCGAAGGGAGGCCGAGAAUACAAGCGAGGACCGGGACCAGGACGAGGCGAACGCGAACGCGAACGCGAAGCGAAACGAGAACGAGGACGAGGACGACGCAGCUUCACCAUGGCACAUCACCGGCUACGCCGUGCUGCCCAAUCGCUUCGAUGAUGGUGUCUACAUGUCCGAUCACAGAGCUGUGGUAGGCGAUCUGCUGCUGAGGUGA